AAAAAUGCGAAAAUUCUUCAAAGCGUUUUUUUCUGGUUCUCGGAGUGGUGAGGAGACUCUAUCAACUGGUCCUAUUGAAGAGUGGAGGAAGGAGCAAUUUGUAUUGUGGUUGAAGGAGAAGGAGUUUGAUCAGAGUAUUGUGGAUGCCAUUCAGGAGAGUAUGGUAUUUGAUGAAAUUCAGGAUUAUACCAAGCUUGGAUUGUAUGAUUUGGUAAUGGUCAUUCCGAAUGAUGCAGCUAUUAAUGUGAUAAAUACUCUUGCAAGUGAUCACCCUUUGAUUUUUGAUAUGGUCGGAAUGGAUGAUAUUGAUGAAUGUAUUAAAACAGCAGAAUCAGUUAAAAUUACCAGAGUUGAGGACAUGACAGAAACUCUCAAGAGCAUUUCAAGACAUAAGAAUCUUACAACCUCUUCUCAAGUGGAUGUUAUUGAACAACAAUCGAUGAAUAGUAAUGAAAAAUCAAUAGUAGAACAGGAUGAAAAGAGGAAAUCAAACCCUACAACAUCAGCAAUAGUGGAAAGAGAAUGGGAUUUGAAUAUUAUUGAAACAUUUUUAUCAUUGCAGAGAAAGAGAUUUCAUGAAAUUCCUGUCACAUAUUGUGGUAGCAUGCUAGAUAGAUCGAUUGGAAGAGAUAUAGAAUUCCCUUUCUGCCAAUCCUCUGAUGAGAUUCAUGAUUUUUCUAAAGAUCUUCCAAAAUUCACAAAACUGACACCACAAGAAGCACAUUCCAUUGAAAAUAUUGUAAAGAAAUUGAAAAAUAUUAAUUCUCUUUCAUGUUUAACAGAUGAAUCCAAACUUGAGGAAAUUGCUCAAAACUUGGCCAUUCCAGAGAGAUUUAAAUUUUUCUACAUGAAUCCAGAUUCAAGCGUAUCUGUUGAUGAUGACACUGAAAAACCUUUCAUCACUGUACAAUUAUUACUGAAUCACAGAAAGGAUCUCACCGAUGAAGAGUAUCCACUUGGAGCCUUCUACUUUUCCAUAGUUAUUGGUCCAUUCUGUAUUGAUUGGAGUGAGAGUGGAAUUGCCUGUGUUCGUAGGAAGGAUAUUUCCAUGUCAGAACUUAUAGAAAUAGAGACUGUUUACACAAUGUAUGAAAUUGAUUCUGUAUUCAAUACAGUUUCAAAAGUAUGUUGUGAAUGGUCUGCUACGAGAAAAUACGAUGCUAAAAAGACUAAUCAACAACACUUUGUUGUUGAUUUGUUACACAGAAUCAGUAUCAUGUCUGUGAUUAAUCAUAACAGAUUUUAUGAUGCUACAGAACCAAAGAAGAAGAAGAGAACCAAGAUCAAACAAGCAUUUUCACCAUACUUGAAUUAUGGAUAUUUUGGAACGUGGAUCUCUAUUUCAACCUCAAUGUGGUACAAAUUACUGACCCAACCUGAAUAUGUUUUGAAUGAAGAAUUGAGACAAACUCUUUUGAAUGCCAUUUUUGAAGAUGAAAUGAAUUCAUCCACAACAGUAUUGGAUGUGGAAAUGAUAAAAUCAAACAUUACAAAUGAUGAGAAAUUUGUUUUUAUUAAAUUUUCCUCUCAGAAAGCAUUGGAUGAUUUUGCCACUCUCACCACCAAGAUUAAUGUCAAGACAGUUAAGGAACCAAACUUUACCUUUUCACUUUUGAGAGCUUUCGAUUUGGCUUUUGGGGAUUUUGGAAAUAGCACCAAAUUCCAACCUUUGAAAACUCCUUCAAAAUUGUGUUCCUUUGGAGGUUAUUCCAUUCCAUUUCCAAGGAGAUAGAACUUUUCCACCCUGUUAAUAAUAAAACCUGUAAAUUAAUUGAAA